ACAAACGCACAAGCUCUACUUCUGGUUUUUGGCCCUGCAAAUUAACUUCUUGAAAUCUAGAAUCACUAUACAGCCACAUCAGAAUUUGUUUUACGCAUGGCCAAUCAUUUCUACUUCAUAGGUAGGAACGAUCCUUGGAUUCCCACCAUGGAAAAAUCUGAAGAUACCCUGCAUCAUUCUCAAGUAAUCAAUGUUAUGGAGGAUGAUCAGUUUGAGAGAGACAUGAUCAGCAAACUUCCCAGCAGUAUUCUUGGCACCAUCUUAUCAUUUCUCAGCCUGAGAAAAGCAGUGAGAACUAUACUCGACGCUGAUCAUAGUUUUGGGCCUCAUGGCUGGAGGGUUCACCAAGAAAACUUAAGGUUUUCUUUAAUAUUUGCUUUGGGUAAGAACAGUAGUGAUCUUAAUAGUUGGAUUAUUUGCGCUACUGAAAAAGGGAUUCAGGAACUUGACCUUUGUUUGUUUGAAAGGAAAUACUAUGCUGCACGGGAUGAUGAUGAUUAUGAUGAUAAUGAUGAUCUUUUAAUCCAUUAUCUUGAUGAUUGGAGCACUAGACCCUUGUGUAGAUUGUAUGACUUUCCCUAUCAUCUUCUUUUUGGUGAUGGGAAUGCAGGAGAAAUUGAGAACACUCCUGACAGAAAACCAGCUUUUAGUAACCUUAAACUUUUGUCAAUUCCAAGUGCUUUCAUGCCCCACCUCAACCUCUUGUGUGAUUUUGUUCAAAUGCCCUACAUAUUGCUGCUAAACAAUGCUGAUUAUAUUGACGAAGUUAGAGAAAUAUGGUGGCCCUCUGGCUACCCCAAAGAUUAUCUCAAGGAAGUUCUGAUAGCUGGCAUGCAUGGUUAUAUGAGUGAAAUUGAGAUUGUUGUUUUUCUACUAAAUAAUGCCAUGGCACUAGAGAAGAUGGUGAUUGACCCAUGCAGUAGAUAUUACAGUGGGUGUGGGAAAUUAGAAGCUUUAGCAGCCUGUGCAAGAUGGAUUGGAACUAGAAGGUGGAGAGUUUCUAAUCAUCUUAGAGUUGAAGUUCGUCCACAGGUACAACUGUUGAUUUUGUGACUAUGUAUUGGCAAUACCGUGUUGAUGAUUUGCUAACUGCUCUGAACUUGGCAUGAAAAAUGUUAAUGUCUAGUAAUAUGAUACUAAAUAGAAGUUUUAAAAUGAAAAUUCAAUUCUUGA